UCUCCUACUUCUGACAAUUCUCUUCCGCAGGAAUAAAUUUCGAUUCGACUCUACUUCUUAACAAACUUUUCACUGAAAGCUUCGCGAAAAUUAUAUGCUUUCUUAUUGCAACGAUUAGAGACCUUAAUUCCCGAUGACUACGGAAUGCUGUGACAACAGUUGAAGCCUUUUCCCACAAGGAACACUUCUGCGACAGGAAAAUGAAAAGAACUUUUUUAACAAACUAUUUCAAGCAUUUUAUAAAACUUCUGCAUGAAGCAAGAUCCGCACCUCCACUAGUAUGGCCUCGACUAGCCCCAUCUUCCUCUUCUCUCUUCGAACUCUCACAUACACAUCGCCAGGGUCCUUCGCCUUCUACGUCUCUUCCUUCUCCUCCUCCUCGCACCCCGUCUGCUUCUCCUCCUUCCCCUACUUCUUCCAAUCCUCGCAUCCUUUUCUCUUCCUCACCAGUCUCUCGCAUCUCCCAUAGAACCAUGACAGGAGAAGCGACAACCUCCCUCAGCCCCACAGCCCGCGUCGGCCCUGCCAAGGCGUCUCUGCUGCCACUGCUGGACGACGCCUUCGCGCAACUCAAAGUGCCGUCCUUCAUCCACGUGAACCUGGACGCCGUGGCCCACAACGUCGAUGUUCUCAAGGGCCUUUCUUCAUCUCAUACAGAAAUUAUGGGCGUUGUGAAGGGUAGUGCUUACGGCUCUGGUCUUCUGCCGGUGGUGGAAGUCCUCCUGGAGAAGGGCGUGAAGGAAUUAUCAGUUGCCACAGUGCCCGAGGGGGUCUACUUGCGGAGGCAUGGGAUACAGGUCCCUAUUACUGUUCUAGGUAACCUAAUGCCGUGUGAAGUGAGCGACGUGACACAGCAUCAUCUCAUUCCGUCCCUCAGCUGGUCGCACGCCCUCACCUCACUACCUCGAGAGGCAUUGGUUUAUCCGGACGGCUCGAGACUCAAAGUGGCCAUCAACAUCGACACGGGGAUGUCUCGUUACGGCGUCCAACCCGAGGACCUUCCCGCGCUGGUGCAAGAACUGGACGACCUCGAAGUCAGCAUCUGCUCCUUGUAUACGCACUUCCAGUCCGCCAUCACAGAGAGGGAGAAGAACCGCAAACAGCUCGACCUCUUUCUCGAAGCUUCUGAACCUUUCACGUCCCGUGGUAUUACUCGACAUGUGGCAGCUACAACAGGAUGUGUGCAGGACCUUGGGACUGACCUGGACUUCAUAAGACCCGGUGGAGCUAUCACGGGCUUGUGUUCAGGUAGCGACCGAGAAGGAACGGAGCAGUUCGCAACGAAAGGCUUCCAACCGGCAUUCUCCGUGGUUACUAGGCCUACCUUCUACAAGCUCCUGAAGGCGGGACGAGACAUCGGCUACGACGGAACGUACACAACUUCUGAAGACGAGUGGAUCGCCAACUUCACUACAGGGUGGUCAGAUGGCCUCAGUCGACGUCUCAGCAAUGGCGUCGGGGCGGUCAAGAGAGUUAACACAGGUGAACGGUGCCCCAUCGUGGGUCGAGUGUCCAUGGACUCCAUCACCGUCCGCCUCCCUGAAGAGCCUUCCCCUGGUGAGGUGUUCCAAGUCCUCACCGAUGACUUCGACGACGUGACUUCGGCAGUGGGCAUGGCGAGGAACCUAGGCGGCGCCACCUACGAGAUGCCCGGAAACUGGUCUACGCGGUUGCCUCGCCUCUACACUCGCAACGGAAAGAUCGUCAGGAUUUGUCCGAGCCUUGAAUACACAUGUUGAGGGAUUUACGGUAGAUUGAGGCUUCCUCGUUAUAGUGGGGAUGAUGGUUGAAAGUGAUGGUUGUGAAAUGAUGGGGUAUGUUGGUCAGAGUCAUGUGAGGGGGGGUCAGAAAGACUCUGAAUUUCCAUCCUCAGAACUGCCGUAGGCAGACAACAAAAUAAAGGGUAAUUUUGGAGGUCGUUGUAGGCCUCUCAGGCGGCUUUGUAACUUGAAAAUGCAAAUUCAUGCUAUACGAGUCAUUGUAUAGCAUGACUAUAUAUAUAUAUAUUUUUUAGAAAACCGGUGGUCAUGGCCCCAAACCUCACGUAUCUAACACGUAGAAGUCGAUAUUCUUGGUAGAAGAAUGAAGAAGAGAUGAUGAUAAUGGAAGACAUGGAAGAAGCAACACGCUAAAGUGUGGUACUUCAUUCUUUUAAUCUUUUGAAUAACUGAUAUUUUCCCCUUCCGUUAUAUAUUUAAGAACUGAAUAUCUUUACACUAUGCUUGCAAUUGCUUCAAGUUCAAUUUUCUGUGAAGGAACUCUUACAACAACGACUCAGAGACGAUGUACAAAUUCACCAGUCACUCUUAGAUAGGUAUAGAUUAUGAAUUUAAAAUAAUAAUUGAAGGCCCUGAAAUGGGGUUGGAAUUGCACUAAACUUUUUUUUCCACGUAAGAUUGUUAAUCUUUAUAAGAUUUUCCUUGAAUGUAACUAAUAUUAUAUAGGCAUAGGCAUCGAAAACACACGAAAACACUCGACUGCUCUGCCCCCAACGUUAAAGAGCAGUAUCUACAUUUUUGUCCAAAUUAUCAAAACCAUAGGCAUUAAAUCUCCUAUCUCCACCUGCUGGACGCCUUAGAUUCUGAAAAUGUCCUUAAUUACCAAGAUUUUUACGAUUUAAAUCAGCAGUAUCUGCCAAGAGGCAGUGGCGACACCACGUAGAAAGCCAAAUUUCUCAAAAUCAUGAUUUUGUAGAUACUGCUUUGGGGACAGUAAUGCUUGUGUGUGUUGAAAAGGAAGUGAUCAUAAAUCUUAAUGUGCAAUAAUUGUCUUCUUAUCUCAUUCUCUCUCUCUCUCUCUCUCUAUGUGUGUGUGUGUGUAUAUACCCAUAUUCAUUUAUUUAUUCAUGAUUUGGUGAUCUUGCGAGACAUCGGAAGCAUUUUGAUGUGGGCCGUGGAAUCAUGCAAUUUUAGUUAUUUGUGUGGGAUUUGAUAAAAUAAAGUAUGUAGCACACACACACACAAACAUCUAUAUACGUGUGUGUGUGUGUGUGUGUGUGUGUGUGUGUGUGUGUGUGUGUGUGUGUGUGUGUGUGUGUGUGUGUGUGUGUGUGUGUGUGUGUGUGUGCAUAUAGUAUUUAUAUAUGUGUGUGUCUAAAGAUACAUGUGUUUAAGUGUUCAUGAUUAUGCACAGUGCAUACCGUUUAGUUACACAUAUCUAUUUGAAAUAUAUAUAUUCAGGAAUACAUAUAUAAGCAUUAUAAAUAAAUUAUUGAAGAUCCU